UGUGUCUUCAGAGCCGCAGUAGGAGUUUUCGCUCACUGUUUUCAAGUUUACAGACGGACGCGUUCACGUGUCAGCUCCGGCUGUGGGACUUUGGAGCUGCAGACAGCUACACCUGCCUGCCAAGCGACGUCGAGGGGCGCGGCCGGGACCGCUGCCCGCAAAUCUCCGUUGCGACUUUACUCGGGCAACACAAAGUCAUAACAAGAAGCGGAGAGGACUUUUUUUAUUUAUUUUAGGAACAUCCCGGGGCUUCUUUGCGCACGCUGCCCCCCUCCCCGAAGGAGCUCCACGCGGACGGGGGGACUUGAUUGACUCCUUUGGCUGGAGAUAAAAUGGCAUGGACGAGCUAACGCCACUGGCGGACUUCUCGGGAGACUUGGCGGACGAACGGGUCGUGACGGAGUCCCUAACGUCCACGGGCAGACUGACAUCCCUCCCGCCAAAGGGAACCGGCGGAUCGAGUCACAGGAACAUGGCCAGCACCAGCGGAGGAGGAGGAGGAGCUUUGGAGAAGAACAUCUUAACGCAGAAGAGCAGCACUUCUUACUUUACUUCUUCCUCGGUGGGCGUGAGCAGCAGUAACUACAGCUCCUCGGGUGUUUACCUGGGAGGAGACGCCAUCGGAAUAGGGGACGGUGCAACCGGCUACCUGGACAAUGAAGGCUACAGCAGCGGAGGAGGAGGAGGAGGAGGAGGAGGAGGAAGAGGCGGAAGCGGUUACAUCGUCAGCUCGGUGACCAAAGUCAGCUCGUCGGGCGGCGGCAAGAGAACACAGGGCGCCGUCGCCUCCUCGGACAGGAAGCAGGCGGGGUCCAGCCGCUCGGGAGGUUACGAAGGGAGUUCCAGCGCUAAUUCCUCGCCGGAAUUUUCCCGCAAAGACUAUGGAAUCUAUUGCUCGGGCAACACCAGAGGGAGAAGCGAGAGCAGAGAAAGCGAAAUCCGGGCCCGGCUGCAAAGCGCCUCUCCCACAGCCGGCAGAUGGGCGGAGCUGGAUGACGUGAAGAAGCUGCUGAAGGUUCGCUCCAGCAGCUCCAGUCCCAUGCGUGCAUCCAGCACUUCGGCCAUCAUGGGCGACCCCAAGAAGGCCAGCGUGGAGACCCAGACCAUCUCGGUGACCUCUCGGGCCUCGCAGUCGGUGUUAACAUUUGGUUCCGGUGCCAGAUCGGAUGGCUUCCACACCGUGGACUCAUCCGGCUUGCUCGAAACGGGUCUGCCAGCCGGCCGCUUCGACAUAGUCGGCAAAGCCAGCCAUUAUGAAGGCAGUCUCAAAUCGGGCCACUAUAGUGACGCGGGAAGGUCGGACAUCGGCGUGAGGUCCGUCACGUAUGACGCAGGCGUGCGAUCGGGCCAGUACGGUGGCGGUGUGAGAUCAAUGUCGUAUGAUACCGGAGUGUGGACAGGACAGUAUAACGGCGGCGUCAAAGCAGCGCAGUACGAUACCGGCAUCAGGUCCUUGAAUACCGGUGUCGUAUCCGCCCAGUAUAAUGGCAGUUUGAGAUCAGGCCAGUACGAUGCCGGCGCCGUAUCCUCCCAGUAUGGCGGCAGUUUGAGGUCCGGCCAUUAUGACACCGGUGUGAGGUCAUCUCAGUACAGUAUCAGUCAGAAAUCUGGCAUCCACGACUCUGGGAUGAGAUCCACCCAGUACGACUCGGACGCGGCGCUUCCGGCCUUCCCGUGGUCCACCGCCACCUUGCCCGCUGCCGCAGGCACCGCGGCGGCGGCGGCGGCGGGCGCCGGCAGUAGUUACUCGUACCAGGCCGGCGCCAACAACAUGUCAGGCGGAGCGACGCCCAUCGCCCUGGGUGCACCGUCCCUGUCAGUGUAUGGCUUUCAGAAUAAUUUGGCGCCCUCUUCUGGCAGUGCAAUCACUACAAGCGGCGCAAAUGCCAACAUGACAACUUACGGAGUUCAGAAAAACGUAUCUGCCGUUGGCGGUGGUGUCGUUGGCGCUGGAGUUGCUACAACCACUCGAUCCCAAAACGGGGACGCAUACAAGGACUAUAUGUUCGUUAAUUCGGAGAAGGACAACGCCAGGGAGACGGAAGCGCUUCUUUUGGCCAAAGACAGCGGCAAGCAGUUCACUCGGGCUGCAGGAGGAGGUUCCCUCUCGGGCGACUCCAUCCAGAAGGAGAAGUUAAUCACAACCUACAGCGAAGGAACUCAACUUAAAGCAGGGAUGGGAAAUGCUUAUUAUGGAUCAUCGGGAGUUUUAAUGAAAGACAAAGGCACACACGCACAGCUUCGCAAGAAGGGCGGCGCAUGCGGAGGCGGCUGGUGCUGCUGCUUUGAUGCCUGUUGCUCCUGGUGGAAGUGGUUGCUGGGAUUCCUGCUCCUCUUCUUGCUCCUCCUCGGACUCCUCUUCGGCCUCAUUGCGUUGGCUGAGGACGUGAGAAAGCUGAAGAACCGGAUGGCCACUCUGGAAAGCGAGUCGGCCAUCAUCUCUGCUCGAACCAGUCGUCUCGUGGGUCUCGGCGGGAAUACCUUCGUGGACGGUGGCAGCCAAUCCAAGACGGACAUAUUCGUGUUUGGAGCAGGCGGAGGAGGAGGCUCGGACUCUAGUUCUGGAACCCAAAUCGGAGUUGCUGCUGGUGCUGGUGCUGGGGGUGGUACUUCCGCUGGGGGUGGUGGUGUCAUUGCCGGAGCUGGUGCUGGAGCCGCUGGUGCUGGUGGCGCUGGUGGUGGAGGCACUGGUGCUGGAGGCGCUGUAGGUGCUGGAGCUGCUGGAGCUGCUGGUGCUGGAGCCGCUGGAGCCGCUGGUGCUGGAGGUGCUGGAGGUGCUGGAGGUGCUGGUGACAGCAGCGGUACCAGUGCGGGUGGCGCCGGAGCUAGUGGUUCCAGUGUUGGAGGCGCUGGAGCGAGUGGAACCAGCAUAGGUGGUGCUGGAGCUAGUGGAAGCAGUGGAGCUGGGGGCGGAGCUACUGGAACUGGCUCAAGUGGUAGCGCAGGCACCAGCGUCAGUGGUGGCUCUAGUUCUGGACGUACUACAAUCAUUACUGGCGGUACCCACAUUGGUGGUGGUGCUGAUGGAACCGGAUCCAGUGGAACUGGCUCCAGCGGAACGGGCUCCAGUGGCGGCGCAGGCACCGGUGUCACCGGUUUUGGCGGAACCGGCAGCAUUGGCGGCGGCGGCAGCGACUCCUCGUCUAGCCACACCUCCAGUAGCCACACGACCAGCCACACCUCCAGCGUGAGCCACCACGAAGGUCAAGUGACCGCCAACGGCUUCUGGACCAGCGGCACCGGCGGUUACGUGGACGCCGCCGCUCUUCACAUGGCCAUCCAGCGCAUGGUCAGAGGAGAAAUGCAGUCGCAGGCCUUCCAAGCCUUCAUAACGGCCACAAUGCAAGGAGAACGAGGACUGCCUGGACCUAAAGGUGACACGGGUCAACCCGGAUUUCCAGGCGCGCCCGGUCCGAUUGGUCACGAAGGUCCUCAAGGUCCAAAAGGCCAAAAAGGAAGCCAUGGUGAACAGGGAUUGGAGGGGCCUCCUGGUUUGAGGGGGCGAGAAGGCCCUGCUGGACCAAGAGGUGAACAAGGAUUUGGCUCCAAAGGAGACAAAGGUAAUGCUGGGGAACCCGGAGUCCCCGGUCCAAAAGGUGCUUCUGGGCUCAUUGGAGCACCAGGUCCUCAGGGUUUCCGUGGAGAAGCAGGCUCACCUGGUCUUAAAGGUGAUCGCGGUUUACCUGGUUUGGUUGGACCGGCUGGAGAGAAAGGAGCUAAAGGAUUAGCAGGACAAGACGGUUCAAAAGGCUCAAGAGGUGAUCUUGGCAGUCCUGGCCACCCUGGACUUCGAGGGCCGGCUGGUCCGCCAGGAGAUGCUGGACCUCCGGGACUACCAGGCAAUCCAGGUCAACCAGGCCCUAAAGGUGACACCGGUGAAGCAGGAAGAAUUAUUAACGCAGCCGGCGUUGCUACCGUGCACAUCCCUGGACCACCCGGGCCUCGCGGACCUCAGGGAGUAUCAGGUCCAGCUGGCCCUGCCGGUCCUGCAGGUCCUAAAGGUGACCGUGGAGAAUCCGGAUCAACAGUGAGGACAUCUGAGAGUUUCAGCUCAAGUCUAGCUGAGAGGCAGUAUGCUUCCGGCGGUUCGUCGUCUCUACGCGGCCCACCGGGUCCACCUGGGCCACCUGGACCUCCUGGUCAGCCAGGUUACGGAAGACCAGGGCCCAAAGGCGACAAAGGAGAUUCUGUUGUUACAGGCAGCUCUGGAACUUACUAUACUGGACCACCGGGGCCACCUGGGCCUGCAGGACAGAAAGGAACCACAGGUUCUCCUGGACCGAGAGGCUUCCAAGGUGAACCAGGACAACCCGGCUUGCCAGGAAGACCAGGAAGCUUGGAGAGAGAGUCCACCUAUACUGGAGAACACAGUGUGCAAGGAUCUCCAGGACCACCAGGGCCUCCUGGACUGCCAGGACCACAGGGAGUCAAAGGUGACACCGGAAUUCCUGGAUCUUCUCGAGUCAUCUCAGGGCCUCCUGGUCCUCAAGGACCUCAAGGACCCCCUGGGCAGCCCGGCUCCUUCAGUUCAUCUGUGGAGAUGCGCCAGUACUUGACGGACUACCUAAGUAGAAGCAGACAAUCUGGCGUUCCCGGGCCUCCAGGUCCACCCGGACCUCCUGGACAACCCGGAACCUUCUCAGGUUCCAUGGAGGAGAUCUCCGCUCGUCUUGUUGCCUACUUGCAGCGUUCUGGCUCCAGCUCGGGCAUCAGCAUUGGUGUUCAGGGUCUCCCAGGACCACCUGGACCUGCUGGACCUGGAGGAGCCUUGACUGUCAGUGGUCUCAUUGCCAUGCUGCAGAGAGAAGAAGUGAGGAGAUACCUGAUAGGCCCACCGGGUCCUCAAGGACCGCCCGGACCACCGGGUGGAUCAGGGGGCAUUUCUAGCGUUUAUAAUAUCGAGGAGGUAGCGACAUAUGUCUUCAACAUCAUGAACGAGAGAGGAAUCGCCAGAGGACCACCUGGACCACCAGGACCUCCAGGAGCAGGCGGAUCAGGCGGCGCCGGCUACGCGACAGUUUCAAUCGAUUACGCGGCUCUCGUUAGAAAUCCAGACUUCCGUUCAUGGAUCGGAUCCGCCGUGCACCAAGGUCCUCCCGGUCCUCCCGGUACUCCUGGCCAACCUGGCGCCCCUGGUCCUCAGGGACCGCCAGGGGUCGUGUUGGGGGGUGGUCGCGGGUACAGCUUGGAGGAGCUUCAGCGUUACCUGCAGGGCUCUAGCUUCAGAGGUCUUCCAGGCCCUCCCGGACCUCCAGGCCCACAAGGACCAGCCGGUGGUUCGGGUGGCACCGUCACUUACAGCGGAACCUUCCCCCGGGAGACCAUCCGUUCUGAAGUUCACAACUACCUGACCACCGACAACGUCCGACGCGCCCUCACCGGACCUCCGGGUCCUCCGGGCCCGAGAGGCCAAAAGGGAGAUCGCGGAGAGACGGGUUACGUUCAAACACACAGCAGCCACAGUCAGAGCUCCUCCCAGAGCGACUCCCGCUACGCCUCCCAGCGGCACGAGCUCGACGUCAGCAAGCUGAGCGAGACCUUGGACUACAGCAGCGUGGCCGUGAAGGUCACGGACUAUAUCAAAAACCAAGGCCUGCUGCAGGAGUACCUUGUGGAGGGUCCUUGGAGGACUCAAGUAAGAGCUGUACAAGGCCCGCCCGGCCCACCGGGCCCCCCCGGAUCGCCUGGUUACAGCCGUGUGAUUGCAGCUUACGGCAACGUUACGGCUGACCUGAUGGAUUUCUUCCGAACUCACGGCACCAGCCCUGGUCCUCCGGGAAUCGCCGGACAGAGAGGAGAAAGAGGCUACCCAGGACCUAAGGGAGAUAAGGGUGAUGCCGGACGUCCGGGUUUACCAGGAAUUCCAGGGACGUACACGGUCCAAAUUCCACAUCGCGUACAGAGGAGUGAAGCAGGAGGUAAAGAAAUCAAGCGGGAAGUUGCGGCAGACGGCGGCUGAAAUGCGGCUACUACUUUCUUCUCUGUUCUCUACCGAAGUAAUGCAAGUAGAACGAAAAAAAAAAACAAGCUUUAGUAAUGAUUAGCUCUUUAGCUUUGCUGCUGGCCGGUGUUUUUUUGGACACGUUUUUCCAUCGCUCACAUGUGGAUGUUUAAUAUUAGCUUUAUUUAGAUGAAAAUAUUAUCUUAGUAGAAUUAAGCUCAAGUGACUGAAGUUGUUUAAUGUUUCAUUUUUGAGUAUUCUACUGUAUUGAGGUCAAUGCCUUAAUUGCUGUUUUAUGGAAAUUUCCAUUUUAUUGUUCUUAGCCAUUAUUUGCCAUAUAAGCCUACGGGAUCCGUACAAAAAUUUCCUUAUGGAACAUAUUUAUGUUAGCAUAAGCAUUCACCCAAGUUACAUCAAUUGCUGUAUUUAGACCUGAUUUUUACUGUACUUGAAGAUUUAUAGAUUAAUACGCAAAGCAAUAUUCCACUUGAGGGCUGCAAAUGAAGCUGAAGGAAUGACUGAUUAGAUUGUUUAUUUUUGUAUAUGAGAACACUGACUUUGAUGUUUUGACUUUAUACCGUCACAUUUUUGGGGAAAAACAUUAAAUUAUAAAUUGCUGC